GUUUGAUUUGACGGUGCGAGCCUGUGCCAUUGCUUUGUAAAUCGCUGAAUGCGAGCUUCAUCGUUGCCUAGACAGACCCACCAAGCCAAUUCCCAACCCAUCGCCACUUAUAAGGGAGUUAAGACACUCUUCGCUGCUUCUCGAACUCAUUGUUACCAAAUUUUAGCCAAACGCCUGGACUUCCAGUACUCUACUUUCAUUUUCUCUCUGCAGAGCAUCCUACUGCCUGUCUUCGACAUACUGUUUACUCAACAGCACACUAUCAAGAUGCAAAGCUCCAUUGUCCUCCUAGCUUGUUGGCUAUUAUCCGUUGAAUUGGUACUAGCCAAGUCUUCUCUCAAGCUGGAUGACAACGACUUCAUCCGGCGCUUACAUACAACCGGCGGCAAGCCUCACCCAGGCUCACGAAGCAGACGAUCCCUAGUUGAAAGGGAACGCGCGUCCACAAGUGAUAGCGCUGAAACUUCCUAUCAAGAUCGCCCAACCAGCAGCGACGGUUUGUUGGGCGCUUUAUCAUCCGGGAUUUCACUUGACUUGGGGUACACUAGCGCGCCGGUAUCGAGCUCAGUACCUGUCUCCAGCUCACCACCAGUUUCCUUCCAAACGCCCCCGCCUAGUGAACCGCAAGCUGCUACUGCAUCUCUGGCUUCAGUCCAACCUGCUGCUUUACCAGUGUCUUCAACCCCAACUUUCGACAAGACGCACACCAAAUCUGAGAUCAACAGAGUGCUGAUUCAGAGUGAAGCCCAGUUGAAGAUGCCGGCGACUUUAAUCCAAGCCAAUGUCACACAGGUCACUAAGGAAAACGCUGCACAGAUCGGAUCACAGAUUGCAACAAACCUCAAAGAUAUCCUCGCUCACUUGAAGGUAUCCUUGACCAACGUCCAACUUUGUGGCACGGACACGAAACCUCUUUCAGAUGAUAAGGGAAUCAAUCUUUCGGAUGUCUCAUGGUCUGCCUUUCAAGUAGUUUUGACACUCAAGCCUGUGUUUCAAUCGGUAUCAGGUCUUUACAAGCCUUACCCGGUUAUCAAGAAUUCCUGCAGUGACAAUAUGUUGUUGAUUUCAACCGCACUGGCCAGCUUGAUUGGCGCUUGCGGAGAACAAAUCAACCUAUUUGACACGCGUUUUUUCCCAUUGGUGACCCCUCAACUGGAGGAGUUCACAAGUCUUGACGAUAACUUUGUCGCUUUCGUUGGAUCAUUCACAUCAUAAGAACACAUUGCCUUGUCACACUACAAGCAGUGACAACCACUUACUUUGACAUGGGAUAUUCCACCCAAACAGACAUUUGGCUCAAUGGAAUGACACGGUUGAAGGGGUUUUUUGUGAAUCUUUUGUAAUACCUUCAGUAAUUUAUCAUAUACUUUGCCUUCCUAUUUUAUUUAAAGUCAUAAUAGCCAAUCUUCCAACAGUCCAUGUAUGAAGAUUUGGUUUGCUUUUUUACUCGGUCAUUGAUCUCGGUUCUAAUUUAUCUUUUUUUGUCUCUGCCAACUCCGUUAAAGGUCAUCCUCCCUUUUUCUGUUGUCUUUUCCCAAUGCAAUUGAUGCCAUGUCAUCAUCUGAUGCGGCUGAAUUAAG